AUGGGCACUGUCAUUCUGUUUAAAAAGGUGUGCCCGGAUUGUGAGAAACAAUUCAACAGGUUUCAAAAUAUGAAACGGCACAUAUUCAGUAAGCAUGGCAAGGACCUCACACCACGCACGAACAAAGACCAUGGCAAGUCGGUAGACGGAUUUCCAGUGCAUGUCUACAACGAAAGCAAUGUGAAGAAAUACACGAAACAAAGGACGACAGUCAUCAUCAAGUUCGCCUGUCCAAGCUGUAAUGGUCUGUUUAACGAGGCUUCAGAACUCUCGCAUCAUGUCAACAACAAUCAUAUAAAGAUACCACCAUCGCUUGAGGACGUUCCCCCUGCCGAAAACCGGUGGCUCGUACAGGGUCACGAUGUGUCAACAAAAUUUCACGACUAUCGCCAAACGUGUAUCCUUGCAUCGCGUACGACAGAUUUUGCCAUCGAAACCCACUUCAACGAACUUUUGGCCAUGUCUGGUAUCCUGGUCUUGCAGCGACGGGACGGCUAUAAGGAUUUGCCGGUCGAUGUUUUUCCUCCCUCCUUGCUGACAGCUGCGCGCAACGAAAUACUCGCAAGCUAUAGGCGCGACACAUACACAUUCCAGCCACAUGUUAGAUCCGCACUUCAAUCAAUUAUCCAAAAGUUCGUGGAUGAAAAAAUCACGGAAACACGCGCCAGGAUCGAACUGCUAUCACUUUGCGAGCCAGUCGAUUCGCCGGAAGAUCCUGAAACAACAGAAUACGAAUGUGCGGUUAUCAUGGCAGUUGCGUCGUUGCUACCGUACCUAUAUGACUGUGACAUGAAACCACUCUCGGAGGCACAGUUGAUAUCCAGCUAUAUCCACCCAUUCAUGCACGGCCUUUUGUCAGCCAAGAAGCCCGCCAAAGUUGCGCAUUGCUCAAACAUAAUCCCUGAUGAAUUUGACGAAGCUGUCGAUCGACCCGAUUACAAGAUUGACGUUUAUGCCUCAUCUGGAUACCAGUUCUCGUACACCAAUGCAUAUGGCGAGGUCAAAAAGCAUGGCAACGUAUCGCAAACCCUGCUCGUCAAGGAUUUUUAUCGAUUGUGCAUCUUUAGCAAAGAAGCAAUCGAUCGUUACAAUUUGCGCAAUGUCCUUUUCUUUCAAGUCACAGGCAACUCAGUGACGUUCUUUUCGAUGCAUUUGGAAUUUUCAAAUUUGUACACUGUGACAGAAUUGGCUCGGUUGCGCGUCCCAACGAGAAAAUGCGAUCUCCUUGAUUUGAUGGGACAUAUCGACAACCUAAUGUUUGUCGCAUCAUUGUACCGAGACCAUUGCGUGAUAAGCGAUGAUGAUCUGACGUCUCGGCGCUGUGAGACGAUCUCGAGUGCAUAUUUGGACGCGAUCAAGAAGAACCUGGCGCCAAGAAAACGGCCUUGCAAUUUGACUCUGGACUCUUGA